GAUUAUAAUUUAAGAAGAAUUUUUGACGCGUACCUGGAUUAUAAUUCAAGAAGAAUUUUUCGUUGGAUAGUAAAAGCAGCGGUAACAAAAGGUGUAUCGGCAGCGACAAAGAUAACUAAAAAAACAGCUAAAGCCGUAGCGGAUGGGGUUAAAAAGGUAGGGUUGACAAAGGCAAAAAAGGCAGGUGAAAAGGCAGGGAAAAAAAUAAAAGUGAUAAAGGUCGUGAAAAAGGUUAAAAAAGCAGCAAAUAAAGUGGAAGAGGAAGGGCAAAAAGAAAGCAACAUGAAAGGGGCACAAGAAACAGUGAAAAAAGUAGUAAAAGAAAUUACAAAAGAUAAAGCACAGAAAGCGGCAGAGGCGGGUAUAGAAGCAGCCAACAAGAUCGUCAAAGUUAUAGUUCCGCAAUAUAAUCCAGGUUCACAGAAGCACGCGCUAAGCUUACAAGAGAGAGUGAUUGAGGUAGCGGGAAACCAUAUAAUAUCGGAUUUAGGCAUAGAUCCCGAAAAUCAAACCGUUAAUUCAGAAGAGGAAAGCGAAAAUUCAGAAGAGGAAAGCGAGUAUUCAGAAGAGCAAAGCGAAAAUUCAGAAGAGUAAAAUGUAAAUUCAGAAGAGAAAAUCUACUGAGCGGCUGAAUGCGCGGGCUACGCAAAAGUGUUUGUUAGAUUUAGAAUGAUCCAAGUAUAGCAUUAAAUUAAAUUAAAUGAUCAUUUAUUUGACGAUUUAAAGGAUCAUGCCGAAUUCGGUAAGCAGGAAGUGAAAAAAUAGUUUAUUUAUUAAAAAGUAAACAAGUAUUAAAUCUUAACCUAUGACUGCCACACUAGGCUAUGACUGUGUUGUAACUAGACACUAGAGUCAGAGUGGAAGCAAUACUAAUUGAAUUACAUCCUACGCUGAA